GCUCGAGGAAGGUUCAAGGCCGCCGGGUUUUUGGAUGCACCGGUAGCUGCGGCUGAAACUGGGCCCCGCCGAUGAUGUUGGAGCGGGGCCUGAUGAGAGAUGACCACGUUUCUCCCAUGGACGGCUGUGAAGGAGGGCACUUCAGUCUCAAGCCCGAUGAGCUGGAGUCUGAUGGUCAUGAGCUGACCAGGUGUCAGAGGUGUGGGAUUGGGACGUUGUGCCUGGUUCUGACCUGCUAUUUUCUUCCCAUGCUUUCCUUCAUCCCGCUCGCCCUCUUUGGUGGCGUGCAGACGCCCAGUCCAUGGCAGGGUCAGUACAACAAGGAUGCACCAGUGCCGGUGAUGCCCUCGAAGGAGAUGCCUUCCGGGCGAUGGUAUUGGAACUUGCCGCUGGUGUCAUUGAUCCUGGUAGACUUGGAUUUGCAAGAGAUCUUUGUUCCUGUGUGAGAUGCGUUGAGCAGUGGCAAGCAGUGUUCUCUUGAUUCCCCCUUGGGCCACUUUGGGAGAUCAGCCCUCAAAAAUUGAGCUCUACAAGCUCACAAACCGUUCAUGAAUUCGUGCUCAUCGAUCGUUUCAGUCGGUCGCGUCACGUUGAAAGGAACCGACCCAGCCCUAGGGACCAGUCAUACAGAGCCCCUAUUUCUUCAUCACACUCUAUGGGAAUAGUCUCGAUCUGGUGAUUCAUCUAGACCAGUCUCGUUGAUUCACGUCAUCUUGGGUGAGAGUGCAGCCUCGAACCAGAACCCCUUGCUCCCCAAGGUUCUACUCCCUGCUGGCAUUAUUUUCACCAUGUACCAGUUGAAGAUGCGAUCUCUGCGACACGAGAUGGCACGGCCAUCUUGAGGAGGCAAGGCAAUUCUACUAUGGGUUGUACUGGUACUGAACUUGGCUGAACUUGCGCACGGCCCGCUCGUUUCGAUUUCGCGAUUCCAUUCGCCUCAGACCGGUGCUGGUGGGGCGAUGUCUCACGCAAAAAACAGGAAAGGCUCUUCUGGUGUGGGAAGAGCGGGGAACCGCAGCCUGGGAGAUACAGAUAUACUGGAUCGGACCUGUCUAUGCCAAACUAACUUGGUGGUGUCUUGAUGGAUGAAAAGGCAGAAAUAUACGGUGUGGGUCUCACCGAGGGUUUUCUCGAUGGGGUUUGGCCAUGUUUGGGGCACGUUUGACCGAAAGGGUGGGUUUUGAAUGGUUAUGAUGUCCAUCCAGAAGUGGGUGUGUAUUCAAAUAGGGACCUGGAAGAUGGGGGGUAGACAAAUCGUUUUGCAAUUGUUUGUCUUGCAUCCAGAAGCACCAUUGAAUUGAUAGAGUGGCCUUGGCUUUUCAUUCUUGCCUGUCCACGCGGCCAAAGCGGCUCCUCCUGUCCUUUCUCUCCUGACCCUGGCAUGGGGCCUCAGAACCUUUUGUGGUCAGGUUAAAGUAUUUUGCAUCAUUGAAGGGUCAAGACUCAAGACCAAGCGUUCAAGCGUUCUUUUCAUGCUGGACUUGCCCUUCUUCAGCCUUUUCGUCAGCCCUGUGCGCACGUGGAAGGCUUGGAUUGGACCCAUGCUUGACAUGAGGCUACAUGAGGAUCGCAUGAGGCUUUCAGGGUCCUGCGCGCUGAGGCUCCUUGCUGGGUCAUUAGACCUUUCCAUCUCAAGCUCUUUGCUUGUGGUGCCCCAACAUGGUAACGCCAGCUGAUGCUGUCGCCAAGGCCAUCAGGGCGAUGGAAGCUUACGAUGCGGCCCACAGCUGUAGCUGAGCUAGCUGGCACUGCGCCUGCGCGUGCUGCGCCUGCUGCCCCUGCUGGAGGUGGCAGGGCGCCUCUCAUGAAGAAGGACCUGUGGGUGAUGGACCUGGGGACACUGCCAACGCCAGGUUAACCGAUUGGUCAAAGCACCACUGCUCCACUGCGCAACAGAUGCACCAGCUUCUUCCAGUGCGGCUGCGCCUGCAGGGGCUCCUGCCCAGCUGAGGACAAAGAGGGCUGAGCAUGUGACGGCGGCAUGGGAAAUGAGUCUCGUGGUGGAACAAAAGCAUGCAAUGUCAAUUCCCCAGGCCUCACCUCAGCUGGACAAUGUUUGGCUUCGCUUUAGGGAUGGUGUCAAGAACGCGCAAGCGAAGAUGAAAGCUUGCACUGGUUCUUAGGCGACCUUUAGGCGUGCUUCAAGGCCAUUGUUUUGUUGAAGACAUCAGAAAGUUUCAUGAUGCUGCGCCCUGCAGCUUGGGGAGGCUUUUGUAAUGAGAAUCCCUUGAAGCCUGGAUUGUAAGCUCGCGACUAUAACACGUAACACAUAAAUACCUUGCACGAUUCUUUUUGAACAGCUUGUUUCGAUUGUGUUGCCUUAUAGAGUUGGUUUGAUGCUGUGCCCGAUCCAUGCAGACUCUACAUAAUGCCUGCUGCAGCUUGGCCGGCCCUUAGCAGCGCAGAAUGUCCUUCCAGACAGGGGGGACGGCUCUCCUUAAUUUUUUUCCAUGGCAUGUGGCCAAGACCGCAAAAUUGAAUUCCGGAAACCCCUCCAAGCUGCCCUAGCGUUGACAUUUGGGUCUGUGCUCAUUGGGCGCGCAGCCAAUUUCUGAUCAUGACAGUACUGGCCACGUGGUGAAAGAAUGGUGUGGCUUAUGGGCAGCCCUUGCCUCAAGGAAGCUUCCUGGCAAACUUCCACGCAGCGCUGCUUAGAACUUCUACCUUCGUCUCUGAAAGCAGGAGCUUGGCGAGUUAUUUCUUUUUACGCUUUGAGUCCUGAGCCUCUUUCUCGAAAGUGAGAUUAGGCUUGGGUGUGGAUACGUAACAACAGUGUCAACAUUUCUAGUGGCAUUGUUUUUUCCUGCUGACUGGCUUGAUCUGGCUUGUAUUUUGGGUGGAAACAGCCACAGAAAGAGAGUUGGUCAGCUGCGCUUAGUGGCACCAGCUGCCCCAGCGUUGGAGGGAAAA